AUGAGCAUCACCACAAGAGUCAUGCUCACAAGCACCAUGAGAAGAAGCACCACAAGCACCACGAACAUCACGCCGCCGAGAAGGACACCUCUAGCUCUUCCAGCUCAUCCGAGAGCGAGCCUGAGCACAACAUGUGAACACCAUCAUCAUGAACAUCACCACAAGAGUCAUGCUCACAAGCACCAUGAGAAGAAGCACCACAAGCACCACGAACACCACGUGAAGGCCGCCGAGAAGGACACCUCUAGCUCUUCCAGCUCAUCCGAGAGCGAGCCUGAGCACAACCACGAACACCAUCAUCAUGAGCAUCACCACAAGAGUCAUGCUCACAAGCACCAUGAGAAGAAGCACCACAAGCACCACGAACACCACGUGAAGGCCGCCGAGAAGGACACCUCUAGCUCUUCCAGCUCAUCCGAGAGCGAGCCUGAGCACCAUCAUGCUGAACACCAUCAUCAUGAACAUCACCACAAGAGUCAUGCUCACAAGCACCAUGAGAAGAAGCACCACAAGCACCACGAACACCACGUGAAGGCCGCCGAGAAGGACACCUCUAGCUCUUCCAGCUCAUCCGAGAGCGAGCCUGAGCACCAUCAUGCUGAACACCAUCAUCAUGAACAUCACCACAAGAGUCAUGCUCACAAGCACCAUGAGAAGAAGCACCACAAGCACCACGAACACCACGUGAAGGCCGCCGAGAAGGACACCUCUAGCUCUUCCAGCUCAUCCGAGAGCGAGCCUGAGCACCAUCACGCUGAACACCAUCAUCAUGAACAUCACCAAAAGAGCCAUGCUCACAAGCACCAUGAGAAGCAUCACAAGCACCACCACAGCAACGGCGAUCACAAGCUCCACAAGUCGAAACGUUCACAUUGA